AUGAUGAAAAAGAGUAGUUUUUAUAAAAUUUAUCAUUCGCUUCUUAUUGUUUUGUUCAUCAUUGAAGUGACCUUUGCAUCGUUAGACACUCGGAAAAUCGAACGCAAUAAACCCAUGCGGGGUUGGCCAUGGAUAAGGGGGCCGUUUGGGUCAUCUGUACAAUUCGACGUGGAAUCUGUUCUCUGGAAUUCAUCUUCACUUAUACUGCUUCCGGAAUCCUCGACAACGCGGUCAAUGUUGUACGAGACAACAGAAAUGAUGCCAGUAUUUCAAUUAAUUUCGUUUGAUAAAAUUCAUGAACAGUUCAAAACUUGUGAGGUCGAUAUGGAGGUCGAAAGUAAUUUGUUUUCGGAUUGUACUUCGAAUUGUUCAUUUGGUUACCACUUUCAUUCACUAAAAGGUAAGAUGAUUAGAGGUGAACCUUAUAGACCAAAUCGCAAACCAGAAAAUGAAUCUUUAAUAGAAAAGAAAUGUUCGGCGUGUAAAAUGCUUUUCACAACAAGAUCAGAAAAUUGUGACAAAAUCUUCGAUUGUAGUAAACGAUCAGGGGAACAGUUUUGUUCACGAUGUUCUGAAAAUAUGUUUGCCUGUGAUAAGCUAACCUGUAUUCCAAAAAGAUGGAGAUGUGAUCAAAUUGUCGAUUGUCUUAAUGGUGAAGACGAAAAGAAUUGUGAGUUUAGAGAUUGUACUGAAAAUGAAUUUCGAUGUGCCAAUGAUCGGUGCAUAAACAAAAAAUUAUAUUGUAAUGGAAUAGAUGAUUGUGGUGAUCGAUCAGAUGAGAAGACUUGUUCAAAACUGACUGAUUCCAAUAGUUUUGACUGUCAACGUUUAUUUAUCCCGAGUAACUGGCACUGUGAUGGUGUUGUCGAUUGUUACAAUGGUCUUGACGAGAAAAAUUGUCCAACUGCUAAAGACUGUACAAAGAAUCAAUUUAAAUGUGAUAAUCGUAAAUGUAUUCAUGUCAAUUCAGUUUGUGAUGGAGUCGCAGAUUGUUGGGAUAGAUCAGAUGAAAAGAAUUGUAAUUCAACUAAAUGUGCAUUUAAUCAAUUUGAUUGUGGCGACCAAUGUAUUCCAUUACAAUGGCGAUGUGACAAACGUAAGGAUUGCUUGAAUUUAAAGGAUGAAAUGAACUGUAACACUGUCAUGUACAAAUCCUAUCGUUUUGAUUCAGAUCUUCGAUGUGUCGAGGGAACAUUUCCAUGUGCCGAUCGAUCGGGAUGUAUUUCGAACGAUUUUGUCUGUGACAAAUAUCCUAAUUGUAAAGAUCAUUCUGAUGAAAUGAACUGUCCAGAUAGAAACGAUUUAAUAUAAUCACAAAUAAACAAUUAUCCAAGUAA